AUGGCAGCAGCUGCAGCAGCUGCCUCCAAAUACACGGGCAGGUAUGCGCUGCAUCCACUGCUUCCUGGAGCCGCGCAGGCUGUGGCAGAUGCGUGCAACGGCAGGCUUCACCCGUCGUGGACAGCCAAAGCACAGUCGUUGCUCGGCACCUGGGAGAAGCUGCACGUGUGCAUGCCGCGGUACACCAACUUUUUGGCAAAGUGCAACCGUAAAGACUUGAAGCGGCCGCACGUUUUCAUGAACGAAAACGCUCAAGCUGCCUUGGCGGAGUUCUACCUAUGCUGCUCGCUUCGUUUGCGAGAGGAAGCUGUGGAAGCUAUAGGGCAGGAUUCCUCGAAGCUGUUGGCCUUGGCACGAGAGGUGGCUGAAGAGGAUGUGGAGCCUUUCUUCCAGGAUUGUCGCGAGUUUGUGGUGAGUUAUGAUGAGGCGCUUCAUCGACGCUUGGAUGACACGACAAUUUGGCGAGAGGUGGAGGACGGCCUAUUCUGGCAUCACAGCUUUGAAGUAGCCGCACCAGAGGCUUACAGAGAUCUUCGGCAGGAAGCUCUUCCCACGGAGGCCGCGUGGCCAGACCGGGAUGACUCAGCUGCCAUAGAGGCAGUGUUGGAGCAAUUCAGCAGUGCCAUACAAGGGUCCUCCAAAUCCAAAGCAGAGGCGGGCUGUUCGUGCCAUGCGGUGCACACGCCCGUUGAACCUUCUGCACGAUCUGAGUGA